UUAUUUUAAUAAUACAACAAAACUAAACCUAAAUGUUACGUGUUUAAACAUAUUUUUUCUCUCACUUUUUCUUUAACUUUCUAUUCUCUUUUGCAGUUAUGCAACACGUCCGUAAUUGUGGUCCCCAAUUGUUUAUCAUCAGCCGCAAGGGGGGCACAUUACUGGCCAUUAAUGAUUUUAUUUAUAGAUCCAAUUUGAAAAGAUUUGGUCCCAUGGGUGAUAAAGUUUACUGGGAAUGUAUUCAUAAUCGUUCGAAAAAAUGUCGCAGUCGUUUGAAAACUAUUGGCGAUGAUUUGUAUGUGACCAAUGAUAUACACAAUCAUUCCGGUGAUGGCCAACGUAUUGAGUUGGCCAGAAGAUCGGGUAUGUUGAUCUAUAAAAAGUUUAGUGCAAUUGGUUUAAUACCAAAUAAACCACCUUUUCAAUGAGUAUUAUUUCUUAUUUACAU